UUGUUUUUUUUUUUUUCCUCGUGGGAGUGAGUUUAAUUAAAUAUGGACGUUGACGAUCUUGUGUAUGCAUGCCGAGCUCCUGACGAUGAGAUGCUGGACGAAAUUUUGGAAAAAUGCCCUGGUGAACUAAAUCGUAGAGACGAAAACGGAAAUUCUGGACUUCAUAUGGCAAGCGCCAAUGGACACACACAUGUCGUUCAAAAGAUUUUGCCUCAUUUAUCUUCAGAGCUUGUGAAUGCACAAAAUUCUAGUGGAAAUACAGCCAUGCAUUGGGCAGCUUUGAAUGGGCAUUCUGAGAUAUGCAAGUUACUUUUAAAUGCUGGUGGAGAUCCUCAUCUUAAAAAUAUAUACGAUAAGAGUGCAAUUUAUGAAGCCGAUGUGCGGAAUCAACAGAAGGUAAUGGAACUAUUCCUUGACUACGAAAUUGCGAAAAGUAAUGAAAAUGAAGAGUUAGAGGCGAAUGAACAGGAAAGUCUUUGAAAUGAAAACUUUGAAUUUAUCAUGGCCGACCGCUCAGAUAUCUCUUGAUGGCCUUUUCUAAGCACUUACAAUAUAAGCUUUCGGAGACAUUUUAUUUUUUUUCGUCUUUGUCUUUAUUUUUGGUUUUUUUCUCCUUAGGGUGUACAGGAGCAGCUUAAUUAUACAUGCAUGCUCUUUACAAUAUCACUAGAUUUGCGUUGAUGAAUUUAUUUGCUUGUACAUAAAUAAUUGUAACUGAAGGAUCUUAAGGGCUUAUAUGAGGAACAUAGGGAAGAAAGGUGAGUAAUGGAUACAAAAGAGUGACAAUAGAAUAAACGUAUAAGUCUAUACUUCUAUUUUUUUGAAUACCAUUUUAAAGGCCCAAAGUUUUUCGAGCUAGCUUUCGAACAACACGGCAAUAAUCCUCAUAAUUUUCUCUGUAUAACUUACAGGCAUCUAUAUUGGCACCACUCUCGUCAUUAGGUUCCGCCAGCAUAGACAUCACAGAAAGCAGUAUUUUUUCUACAGAUUGAACUGGUGACCAUCGUUCAGAUGACGAUUCAUACAUAUUUGGAUCAUCACCAGGAGCAUGCAAAAUAGAAAUACAGACUGUACCAUCUGGAUAGACUGAAAAUUUGUUAACAAAUAAAUAAGGAAAUGAAUUGCUGUUUCUUACCGUUAGGAUGAAAAAACUCGCACUCAAAUUUUAACGUGGGAGGACCUAAAGGAUAAUCCUAUAGAUGAUUAGUAAAAACUAUAGCCUUGUGAAUUAGACUGCUACGUCAAACCCCAGAAGUAUGAUCCGAAGAACAUAGUCAUCCAAGGCUGGAACUAGGUGUCCUAAGCUCAAUUGAUGUCUACUAGUAAUGGAAAAGUCUCAUAAUCAAUAGAGUCAAAGUAAAC